CAUCAUUCGCAUCACGACUUUGAAGAUUGCGCAUGCUACCUGCUGCCUCCAUAACCAUCUAGAAGUUUAGGCAGACAAACAAUGGCUCGGUAGAUGCGGCCGCCUGUGUCUGUCCCGUGAUGAAUGUGGCCUCAGACAUGGCGUCACAACUGGUACAAAGGCUCAGUAUCCCUUGGCGCGUGCAACCAGUCAUUCCCCAGAUACGUCCAUAAAAGCCAUCCCUCCUGCUCACUUCCCACUAUCUCUUUUCCCCUCGUGUAGAUCACAUAGCCUGCUUCUUCGUGCUUUGCUGUGCUUUGCUCAAGAUGCCUUCUGGCGCUGAGAUUCCCUCUCUGGCGCCUUCUGCGCCACUUUCAGAACUGAUCAACAAUGCCACGAAACAUCAACACACUGCCUUGAACCGCUUGAUCUCUUCUCGCCUCCCUUUGUGCCUUCCGCCUCAUGCUGCGCAACCAGACGCCUACCUGAUCGGCAUCACACAGAUCGCAGAGAUAUUUUUGGCCUUCGAGUCGGUAUGGGAUGAUAUUACCAGUCUGAGCCAGGUGCCCAGUCUCGAGAACACCUGGGAUAGCCUGGAGACAUACCCACACCCUCUUUCACAAUCGCGAGGCGUCGACGAUCCGCUCAUCUCUGCCUUGCGCACUCUAAGACCCAUGGGGAUAGCGCGAAGCUCAAGGCUGAAGAACGACCUUGAGUACCUUCGCUGUGUUUGUGGUAUACCAGAGGACGAUGCACGAUGCGCGGCGGCAGAUGCAAUUAAGGCACAUGUUGACAGUCAAGUCCGCUCAAAACCACACUUGCUCAUCGCAUACGCGUGGACCAUGUAUCUGGCCGUGUUCUCAGGUGGACGUUACAUCCGAAGCUUACUUUGCGAUGCUGGCGAGGAUUUCUGGCUUGGUCGGCAUGAAAGCCCGGCCGCUACCGAGACAUCAAGUCAAGCAGAGAAGAAGUCAUCGGGUUGGAAUUGGAGGUCACCCGUGGCACGCUUGUCUUCUUCGUCAACCAAGGCCGGCACGGAAUCGAAGUCGAGAUCAAAACAGCCCAAGACUGUGGACGAGCUCAGGUCCUUUGAAGCGAAGGGUCUGAGCCUGUGGUUCUUCCCAGGCCCAAAUGAUGGUGAGGAGCUACGGGCAGAAUUCAAGCAAAGACUACGCGAGCUUGAGCCGCUGUUAUCCGUAGAGCAAGAAUUGGAGAUUGUUUCAGAAGCGCAGGCCGUGUUUUCCCGCGUUGAGGCCCUGGUCUCAGAACUGGAUCUUGCAAUUUCUGCUAGUACUGCUCCUCAAAUGCCACCUACUUUCGACGCGCAGCCUGCCGGCCAUGAUGAUGCUUCAGUCGAAGCAGCUGAUCUAAGUUAUCAGCCUCAAAAAACGGCCCCAGCUGCAAACACAUCAUCGUCAUCAUCACCAAGUGUGCCAGCUCCCGUUACUGCCUCACAUCAGCGUUGGUUUGAAUUGCCGAGUUACGCCGGUAUUGCCAUGGUAAUAUGCGGAAUCAGUUACGUUGCCAUGUACUAUGGAGGAACGUGGGAUAGGUGAACAGUGUGCAUCUACUGGCGGCGUUCUGAAUUUCAAAUAGCACUAUUGAUACCCUAGACAAAUGAUAAUGCUCAUUUUUCAAA